AUGCCACUCCUCAUGUUACUCCUCACACAGUCUCAUACCAUUCUCAUGUUACUCCUCACCACAUGCCACUCUCAUGCCAUUCCUUCAUGUUACUCCUCACCAUCCUCAUGCACUCCUCAUGUUACUCCACACUACUCUAUGCCACUCCUCAUUUACUCCUCACCAGUCUCAUACAAUUCUUCAUGUUACUCCUCACCACUGUUACUCUCACUUCAUGUUACUCCUCAUACCUCAUGCCACUCCUCAUGUUACUCCUCACCAGUCUCAUAUGCCAGUCCUCAUGUUACUCCUCACUAUGCCAGUCCUCAUGUUACUCCUCACCAGUCUCAUGCCAGUCCUCAUGUUACUCCUCACUACUCUCACCAGUUACUCAUACCAUUCCUCAUGUUACUUUUCACCUCCUUCAUGCCAUUCCUCAUGUUACUCCUGCCACAUCCUCCUCAUGUUACUCCUCACCACCCUCAUGCCACUCCUCAUGUUACUCCUCACACAGUCUCAUGCCACUCCUCACCACCCUCAUGCCACUCUCAUGUUACUCCUCACCACCCUCAUGCCACUCCUCAUGUUACCCUCACCACUCUUAUGCCACUGCUCAUGUUACUCCUCACCACUCUCAUGCCACUCCUUAUGUUACUCCUCACCACUCUCAUGCCAUUUCCUCAUGUUACUCCUUCACCACUCUCAUGCCACUCCUCAUGUUACUCCUCACCACCCUCAUCCAUUCCUCCAUGUUACUCCUCACCAGUCUCAUACCAUUCCUCAUGUUACUCCUCACCACUCUCAUGCCAUUCCUCAUGUUACUCCUCACCACCUCAUGCCACUCCUCAUGUUACUCCUCACCAGUCUCAUACCAUUCCUCAUGUUACUCCUCACCACUCUCAUGCCACUCCUCAUGUUACUCCUCACCACCCUCAUGCAACUUCUCAUAUUACUCCUCACCAGUCUCAUACCAUUCCUCAUGUUACUCCUCACCACUCUCAUGCCACUCCUCAUGUUACUCCUCACCACUCUCAUGCCACUCCUCAUGUUACUCCUCACCUCCCUCAUGUAACUCUCCUGACUAUACGCAAGAUGAUGAGGAAUAUUAGAAGAUUAUCCUACACCCAAAACUCACUCAUAAUAUAA